AUGACCCAACAAUCAGUAAUAUUGUCCUCAUCCCUAUUAAUUUUUUUUAUCCUCCUAGCCCCCCUGGCACUGGCCCUAGUCCCCUCACUAAUUACCCCCCAUUGGCAUAAAUUUUACGCAAAAUCUGCCGUAAAACUCGCCUUUUUUAUUAGUCUCCUUCCUCUCUUUCUUUUUAUAGACCAAGGCAUCGAAAUUGUCUCAACAAAUUACCAAUGAAUAGCUAUUAAUUCAUUUACCUUCAACAUUGCAUUCAAAUUCGAUUUUUUAUCAAUUACUUUUAUGUCCAUCGCCCUAUUUGUAACCUGGUCUAUUCUUGACUUUGCAGCCUGGUAUAUACAUGAAGAUCCUUACAUCAACCAAUUUUUCAAAUAUCUUCUACUGUUUUUAACAGCAAUAAUAGUAUUAACAUCAGCAAAUAACCUAUUUCAACUAUUUAUCGGAUGGGAGGGAGUUGGAAUUAUAUCAUUCUUACUUAUUGGCUGGUGAUACGGGCGAGCCGAUGCUAACACCGCCGCCCUUCAAGCAGUACUUUAUAACCGAAUUGGAGACAUUGGUCUAAUUCUCGCAAUUUCCUGAUUCACCACAAAUUUUAAUACCCUUGACAUUCAACAACUAUUUAUCCUUAAUACUAAUGAAUCCUCGAUUAUCCCUCUACUCGGCCUAAUUUUAGCAGCAACAGGCAAGUCAGCACAAUUCGGCCUUCACCCCUGGCUCCCUGCAGCUAUAGAAGGCCCAACCCCAGUUUCCGCCCUAUUACACUCAAGCACGAUAGUCGUAGCAGGUAUUUUUCUGCUCCUGCGUCUUCACCCACUACUCCAAAAUAACGAAACCGCCCUAACACUUUGUCUUCUUCUGGGUGCAAUUACCACUGUAUUUACAGCCACAUGUGCCUUAACACAAAACGACAUCAAAAAGAUUGUAGCAUUUUCAACAUCCAGCCAACUAGGCCUAAUAAUAGUUACAAUCGGACUAAACCAACCCCUCCUAGCCUUUCUACACAUCUGUACACAUGCUUUUUUUAAAGCAAUACUCUUUUUAUGCUCUGGCUCAAUUAUCCAUAAUUUAAAUAAUGAACAAGAUAUCCGAAAAAUGGGAGGACUUAAUAUAGCCCUCCCAAUAACAACAUCCUGCCUCCUCAUUGGAAGUCUUGCCCUCUCAGGAGCCCCAUUUCUUGCCGGAUUCUUUUCCAAGGACGCAAUCAUUGAGGCAAUAAACUCAUCCUUCCUAAACGCCUGAGCCCUUACUUUGACUUUAAUCGCCACCUCCUUUACCGCUGCCUACAGUCUCCGCAUUAUUUUUUACGUCUCAAUAAAUUUUCCACGAUACCCAGCCCUGACCCCAAUUUUAGAGGCCCAACAAGCUUCCACCCCUAUUAUACGUCUUGCCAUUGGAAGUGUAGUUGCAGGUUUCCUGUUAAUUCUCAAUAUCCCUCCGCCCCCCCCACAAGUUAUAACUAUGCCCACCUCCGCCAAACUAGCCGCCAUCGGGGUUACUAUUGUUGGGCUCUUUACAGCAGCAGAACUAUCUAACAUCACUAAUAAACAACUCAAAACUUUUCCAUAUCUUACUCCUUAUAACUUUUCAAACAUAUUGGCAUAUUUUCAAUCCACCACACACCGACUACUCCCAACGCUAAACCUAAAAUGAGCCCAACUUCUAGCCACCCAUUUAAUUGAUGUUAUUUGACUCGAAAAAUCAGGGCCCAAAUCAAGCAUAAAAAUCAACACAACAUUCUCAACCUUCAUCACCAACUCCCAACAAGGAAUAAUCAAAACCUACCUUACACUAUUUUUUAUGUCUACCGCCACUUUCCUUAUAUUUCUUCUACUCAAUAGA